ACAGUCCAACACUUCUUCAUUGAACGGUUGAACCCACUUUGGUGAUUGCUUGCAAAACACAAACCCAACACAAAGAGAGCCAUUUUUGCCAGAUUCCUCUGCGCUCAUCUUCCUUCUUUUUACGCGCACACACAGAAAAGGAGAGAGAAAACUUUCAAUGGCGGAGAAGCCAGAAGCAGUGAAGGUUUUAUACUGCGGUGUAUGUGGUUUACCUGCAGAAUACUGUGAAUUUGGACCUGAAUUUGAAAAAUGCAAACCCUGGUUGAUCCAAAAUGCUCCUGAUAUCUACCCUGAUCUUAUUAAAGAGAGCGGUGGCAAUGAAGUUGAUAAGGUAUCUGAUCAGAUGCAGUCCACUUCAAUUUCUGCUGGUGGCUCUUCAACAUCUCAACCAGAAGAAGUAAAAAGACUUCCUGGCGGGAAAGUGAAGAAGAAAGACAAGAAAGAAGUUAUUAUUGAGAAGGUUGUACGGAAUAAACGAAAAUGUAUCACUACUGUGAAAGGAUUGGAACUUUUUGGUGUCAAACUCAGUGAUGCUUCAAAAAAGCUGGGGAAAAAGUUUGCUACUGGAGCGUCCGUUGUUAAGGGACCAACGGAGAAGGAGCAAAUUGAUGUUCAAGGGGAUAUAGCCUAUGAUAUUGUGGAUUUUAUUACAGACACUUGGGCUGAUGUACCAGAAACUUCAAUUUUCUUCAUCGAGGAUGGAAAGAAGGUUCCAGCAGCUUGAAUCUGAAAGCGAGAUGGGAAACUGAGAAGUUCAAUGGGCUGUUACUUCAAUACAUGCUUAGUACCUUGCAAAACAGGAAUCAAGUGUAGUUCAUGUGGGGGUAUCUGCACAGGAGGUUUGUUUUUUUCUUUUUCCUUGUAUUCCGGCGAUAGUUGCCCCCUUGUAUUUCACGUUCAAAUUUUACAUCUUUUUUUGGUGAAUUAUAUUUAACAAGUAUCCUAUCUGUUUAAAGAUGUAUGCUAGUAGCUGCAAUAGUUUUUCUUAUUUUUUUUAUUUUAUAUCUUUAUUGUGAGGUAUAUUGAAAAUUGUUGAACCUUGUACAACUUGUUUGCAUCAAUAACAGUUAUAUACCACUGUGAUUGUAACUAGAAAA